AUGUACUCAAACAGCAACUACGAAAAACCCGACCCAUCCUCUGCAUAUCAGAAUCAAUAUGAAAGCUCAGAUGAAAGUAGACAAUAUUAUGGAAAUCCCCACCAUCCAACCAUGAUAGACCUUACUGGUCACGAAGAUCAACGACCAAGCAUACUGCAACCAUUUGGAAUAAACAGCAAAACUCUAUCGCAGUUUCUAAUGAACAUGUUCAUUUACGUUGCUGCUAUAUUAAUUAGUUUAAAAAUAUGGGACUCCAUUUCUUACAAUAAAUGUGAUUAUUACCAAGAUUUACUACUCAGAAUUGUAAAAUAUCAAUCACAGAUGUCGUCUGGCUCAACGAUUUAA